CCAUUGGAGAUGCUUAGAUCUAUUUGUGCAGUAAGAUAAAAUGGCGGUAGCUUUGGCGCCAAAAUAUACCCAUAAAUCUCUGUUUCGCGGGCAUUCCGAGUGCUAUAUAUCCAACCCCUCACGCUCAUCUCCACAUUAUUGUUCCUUCACAUUGCAACCCAUUUCUCCAGCUGCCCUAAAUUCAAUCAAAAUGGCCCAAGCACAGCCCCACGACAAUUCCCCCGAAACCAAAGAGCCCACCACCAAAAUCCAGAAGAUCGACGAAAAUGGAGGAGGGGUCCACCCAACUCGACCCGCCCACUUUUUCCGGAUCAAAAAGCUAUCCGAGAAGGCCAUCUUGCCCUCCCGAGGCUCCCCUCUUUCUGCUGGCUAUGAUCUCUCUAGUGCAUCGGAUGUGAAAGUGCCGGCUAGAGGCAAAGCGCUGGUUCCUACAGAUCUCAGCAUUGCAGUACCUGAGGGAACUUAUGCUCGUAUAGCACCGCGAUCUGGUUUGGCAUGGAAGCAUUCAAUUGAUGUUGGUGCUGGUGUAAUUGAUGCUGACUACAGAGGUCCUGUUGGAGUGAUCCUGUUUAACUACUCAGAUGUUGAUUUUGAGGUGAAGGCUGGUGACAGGAUUGCUCAGCUGAUCAUUGAGCAGAUUGUGACACCUGAAGUUACCGAGGUUGAUGAUCUUGACUUGACUGUGAGAGGUGCUGGUGGUUUUGGUUCUACUGGUGUUUAGUAACUAUUACUAGUUAGGAUGUUUCGUAUGCUUUUUAUGUUUUGUUUAGGUUGUCAAACACCUUGUCCGUGUUGCAAAUACUUAUGCAAGGGUUCUGAAAAUAUCUAAUAUAUGUGGUUACCUGGAUCA